UUCUAAAAAACAUAAGAAGGAAUCAAAAAAGAAGAAGCACAGGAGUCGGUCGCGGUCUCCUUUGGAAGGCGAGGAACGUGAACGUAAAAGGCACAGAAAACACAAGGAUCGCAAAAAGGACCGCUCUCCAGACGACUCGGUGGCAUUCGCGUCGGGCCCCUGCGCCCCGAGUGCCGGUGCCGGCAGUUGAAGAAGUGCCAGUGGACUCUCACUUGACGGAGCGGUACGAGCCGGGCUUCGAGUCGUCGCCUAGCAGCAAUGGCGAGCGAGAGCGAGAGCGCAGUUUGCGGAGGAGCGCGUGCGUGAUGAUCUCGUCAGCACCCGCGAAGUCAGUUACCCGCGAGACAGUUUCUCGCGCGAGUCAUCACCUCGCGCGGGCGGGAGCGCUAUGGAGAGCGCCGGCGCCGGCGAGAGCCUCUCCAUCGAAGAUACUAACAGAUUGCGAGCCAAGCUCGGCCUGAAGCCUCUAGAAGUUCAGGAGAAGCCAGAUGAUGACGGCAAGUUCAAAGAUGACUUGGGCGAGUUCUACCACAAGCCGGCCGCGAACCUCGCGCAGCAGCGGCGCACGGAGAAACUGCGCGAACGCCUGGAGGAGCGCAAAGAGAAAAGACAAAUGGAAAUGAAACUGCAAACAACACUGCUGGCAGCCGGCUCCGACGAAGAAGACGCGUCGGCCUGGGUGAACAAGUCUCGCGACAUCGAGAAACAGAAACAGGAGGCUGCUAAGAGAGCGGCUAUGCUGGACGAGAUGGACGCGAUAUUCGGUGUGUCAGCCCUGGUUGAAGAGGAGGAGCGUGCUGACCGCUCUCAGGCAUACAGUGCCUCUGCGCUAACGGGGCUGCGGGUCGCGCACGACCUUAACUCUUUGGCCGACGAACGCGACACCGUGCUGACUUUGGCCGACAAGGACGUGCUGGCCGAGGACGCGGAGGACGUGCUCGUCAACGUCAAUAUUGUGGACGACGAGCGCUACAAGAAGAACAUCGAGUCCCGCAAGAAGGCCAAGACUGGUUACCAGGCGUACGACGACGAAGCCGACUUGGAGGCCGCUUUCUUGGGCCAUCAGAAACCCGUGCUCUCCAAAUACGACGAGGAAUUGGAUAAGGAAGCGGCAGAAAAACGUCGCGGUUUCGUUCUUGGCGACCACGCGGGCAUCGAGGCGCAGCGUUUCAGAGACAUGAUGCGGGAAGAACGGCUGCGCGGCGGGCCCGACAAGAGGCUGGAGACACUCAAACUGCCCGAACUCAAGCUUGCCUCCGACUACCUUAGUGAGGCCGAGUUAAACGCCAAGUUCAAGAAGACCAAGCGCAAGGGUAAGAUACGCAAGAAGGCGAAGGAGGAACCGAUCGAUGUCGAUGAUUAUGACGCUUCCGCUGCACCACUCGAAACCGACGACACAGAAGUAAAGGUGGAGCAGCUGAAAAGUUCGCUAGUGAUCGACGAAGACGAGGUGGAAGUAGACUCCGAGUUACAAACGGCGUUGGCUCGCGCGCGCCGCCUGCGCCAGGCCGAACACACGCCCAUCGUGCCCAAGGUGGAGGAAAUCCUGGAACAAGUAAAGGAUGAGCCUGAAGAACAGGAGCCAGUGGACGGGGCCAUGGUUCUCGACGCCUGCGCCGAGUUCUGUCGCACGCUUGGCGAUAUACCCACAUACGGCCAGGCCGGCAACCGCGAUCAGACGCAGGAGAUCAUGGACUUCGAGCGUGAGGAAGCGGAGCCGGAGGCUGUUGGCGGCUCGGACGCGGGCGCGGGCGCGGGCGCGUGGAGCCGCGUGGACCUGGCCGACGAGGCGCCCGCCGACCUGCUGGCCGGCAGCGCGGCGCUGGCCGCCGAGCCCGCGCUGGGCCACGGCGUGGCGGGCGCGCUGCAGCUGGCGCUCAGCAAGGGCUACCUCGAGCGCGCCGGGCCCGCGCCCGCGCCCCGCUCCGCGCUCGCGCACCUGCUGCAGGCCCGACACUACUCCAUCGAGGAUAAGACGCAAGGAGACGACGACAAGCACGGGCGGCGCGAGCGCGGCGGCGGCGGCGGCGGGCCGCUGACCGAGUUCCGCGAGAAGUCCUCGUUCCGGCCGCGCAUCAAGCUCGAGUACGCGGACGACGACGGCCGCCCGCUGGCGCCCAAGGAGGCCUUCCGCUACCUCUCGCACAAGUUCCACGGCAAGGGGCCCGGCAAGAACAAGCAGGAGAAGCGCAUCAAGAAACAGCUGCAGGAGGGGCUGAUGAAGAAGAUGAGCUCAACAGACACGCCGCUAGGCACUCUUCAGAUGCUUCAGGAUAAACAGAAGGAGACAAAAUCACCGUACGUCCUGCUCUCGGGCGCCAAGCGCGACCCGCCGCGCUAACUAAUCAUCAGAUAUCGGUAACUUUGGCUAAUUUUUCCAUACUUGUGUAUAUCAAAUAUAACAAUCAAUCCAUACAUGUCGAAUGUUCUAUCAGAGCUCCAAACUAUACCAUUAAUAAAUUGCUUAAUAACUCAUAUGUACUAAAGUUACUGGCAUUUUAGGAAAAUGCAAAAAUAAUUUUACAUAAUAAACCAAAUUUGUUUCACUGCGUAGUGCAAAAAUAUUACCAUUGUGAUGAGUUUUCUGGAAAUAAAUUUGUUUAGACAAUG